AUGGCUCACGGCAGGGCCCGCGGAGAACCGAGCACAGAAGGCGGCGCUGGCAGGGAGAGAAAGGGGCUGACGCUCGGGCCCGCGCCCGAGAAACGGGCCCGGCCAGGGGUGCCCGUCGCUCCGCAUCCACCGCCCUCGUCACAAGGGUCAGGGACGCCCGCGACAACUCCCUCCCGGCCGCGGCGGGGGCCCCGAGCCCGGGCCCGACCCGCGCCCACCGCGCCGCUGCCUUUAUCGGGGCCGCAGCCGCGACGUCUCCUCCGCGCUGCUGGCCGGGCAGCCCAGGCUUCCCGAGCUCGGGAUAGGGCCACCGCCCCCGCCCCCCUGGGCCGCGGCGGGCACAGGCUCGGGCAGGGCGGGCCCUUCCCCUACCUAGGCCCGCGCAGGCCAGGCUCUCGGCUCUGCGACGGGGACCCCGCGCCAGCGUCCCGCAAACUGCGCCUUCCGGAGCCUCUGAGAGCAACCCUGACCAGGCCGCGGCCUCAGAGAGCUCUGCUUCCCAUGACUCACUACGGACUCCGCGCGCAGCAGGCAGAGUGCCCACCCCACUCCACAACUCCCAGGACGCCCCGCGCCCGCAACGGGGAGGACGGGGUCUCAGACAACUACACUUCCCAGGGUCCACCGCGGCCUCAACCUGAGGCCACGCCCAACACGCUCGGACUACAACUCCCAGAACCGACUGCUUCCGUUCAGGCCCUCUGGCCCUGA